GUUUGAAGUGUGUUAAGGAUGUGUUUUUGUGCAGGACUCGUGUCUCACAGCGAUCUUGAUGAUCGAGCGAUUGAAGCUCUGAAAGAGUUCAAUGAAGAGGGUGCACUGCAAGUUCUCCUGCAGUUUAAAGACAGCGACCUGUCGCAUGUUCAGAAUAAAAGUGCCUUCCUCUGUGGAGUGAUGAAGACGUACAGGCAGAGGGAGAAACAGGGGACCAAAGUGUCAGACUCCACUAAAGGACCAGAUGAGGCCAAAAUCAAAGCUUUGCUCGAGAGAACUGGCUAUACACUUGAUGUGACGACAGGCCAGCGCAAGUAUGGCGGUCCUCCUCCAGGCUCGACCCAUGCUGGAGUUCAGCCCACCGUCGGCACAGAGAUUUUUGUGGGAAAGAUCCCGAGAGAUCUCUUUGAAGAUGAGCUUGUCCCUCUGUUCGAGAAAGCCGGACCCAUAUGGGAUCUGCGUCUGAUGAUGGAUCCGCUCAGCGGGCUGAACCGAGGAUACGCCUUCAUCACCUUCUGCACUAAAGAGGCUGCUCUGCAAGCCGUCAAACUCUGUAACAACAAUGAAAUUCGCCCUGGGAAGCACCUCGGUGUGUGCAUCUCUGUUGCCAACAAUCGUCUGUUUGUGGGCUCCAUCCCCAAGAGCAAAACUAAGGAGCAGAUCGUGGAGGAGUUUGCCAAAGUUACUGAGGGCUUGAACGACGUCAUCUUAUACCAUCAGCCUGACGACAAGAAGAAGAAUCGCGGCUUCUGCUUCCUAGAGUACGAUGAUCAUAAAACGGCAGCCCAGGCGCGGCGUAGAUUAAUGAGCGGCAAAGUGAAGGUGUGGGGGAAUGUGGUGACGGUAGAAUGGGCUGAUCCCAUAGAAGACCCCGACCCUGAAGUCAUGGCGAAGGUCAAAGUCCUCUUUGUAAGAAACCUGGCGAGCGCAGUAACGGAAGAGUUUCUGGAGAAGACGUUCUGUCAGUUUGGCAAACUGGAAAGGGUUAAAAAGCUUAAAGACUACGCCUUCAUCCACUUUGAAGAGAGAGAUAGCGCUGUUAAGGCUCUAGCUGAAAUGCACGGGAAGGAUUUGGAAGGGGAACAAAUUGAAAUCGUCUUUGCAAAGCCGCCUGAUCAGAAAAGGAAAGAGCGAAAGGCCCAGAGACAAGCUGCUAAAACUCAAAUGUAUGAUGAGUAUUAUUACUACGGGCCGCCGCAUAUGCAUCCCCCGACGAGAGCAAGAGGACGAGGCGCUAGAGGUUAUUCGUAUCCCCACGACUAUUACAGCUAUGAAGAUUAUUACGAUUACUACGGCUAUGACUAUCACAACUACAGAGGCGGUUACGACGACCCCUACUACGGCUACGAUGACUUUCAAGCUCACGUCAGAGGAAGAGGCAGCAGAGGAGCCCGGGCCCCCACACUGUCCAGGGGCCGCGGCUCCACCGCUCCCAGAGGACGGGCCGGUUACUCUCAGCGCGGGGGUCCGGGGCCCAGCCGAGGCGGCCGAGGGUCCAGAGCAGGCCUCCAGCAGAGAUGUCGAGUGGGAAAGGGGGUCGAGGCUGGUCCUGACCAGGUAGUAUGAAGACUGACUUGUUGUAUGGGGUUACACCGGAUGCUACCAGUGUUCAUAAGGUUAAAGCAAACUCAAAUGUCCAAUGAUAUUCCAGCCUGUAUUGAAGCAAAUCUCCUAUACUGCCAUCCCCGAAAAACCAUACGAUUUCUGAAAUCGAAACCACGGACACACAGUUUUCCCCAUUCGGAGCCCGUCUAAAUAAGCCAACUCACUACUACUACGCACCCCCACCCCCCCACCCCCGGUUAUAUAGUCUAAACUCGCCACAUUCUGGAACUGAAGUUCAGACUCUCAAGGAUCCCCAUACGUCAGAUGUGUUUUGCACUUUUGUUCUUUUUCUUUUUUUACUCCUGCGUUUGAAGUGGCUCGGAGGAG